AUGGCCGAACCGGACGGCUACGAGGAAAGCCACAAUGGCGACGAGGGCGUCGGAACUGGGCCCGGCGCGCCAACGCCACUCUCUGCACUUGAGGGAGUCGCAGGCUUGACGAAGCGUGAUAUUCAAAUGGUGGUCGAUGGAGGCUUCAACACGGUAGAGUCGGUCGCGUAUACCCCGCGCCGAAUGCUUGAGCAGAUCAAGGGCAUUUCCGAGCAGAAGGCCACCAAGAUCCUUGCCGAAGCCUCGAAACUUGUUCCGAUGGGCUUCACGACCGCCACUGAGAUGCAUCAACGACGCAGUGAGCUCAUCUCUAUUACAACGGGCUCGAAACAGCUCGACACCCUUCUUGCCGGUGGUAUCGAAACCGGGUCGGUGACCGAGCUUUUUGGAGAGUUUCGCACGGGAAAGAGUCAGAUCUGUCAUACGCUUGCGGUGACAUGCCAGUUACCCUUCGACAUGGGGGGUGGCGAGGGCAAGUGCUUGUAUAUCGACACCGAGGGCACGUUCCGGCCUGUUCGUCUGCUUGCCGUCGCCAACCGAUUUGGUCUCUCCGGAGAGGAAGUACUGGACAACGUGGCCUAUGCGCGUGCGUAUAACUCUGAUCAUCAGCUUCAGCUCCUCCAGCAGGCUGGCGCCAUGAUGUGCGAGACGCGGUUCUCCCUGCUCAUUGUCGACUCUGCUACGGCACUUUACAGAACCGACUUCUUGGGCAGAGGUGAACUGUCCUCGAGGCAGACCCAUCUUGCCAAGUUUAUGCGUACACUACAGCGUCUCGCUGACGAGUUUGGUAUCGCUGUCGUCAUCACGAACCAGGUCGUUGCUCAGGUCGAUGGCGGACCUAGUGCUAUGUUCAACCCCGACCCGAAGAAGCCAGUUGGCGGUAACAUCAUUGCUCACGCUAGCACGACACGAAUCAGCUUGAGAAAGGGGCGUGCCGAGACCCGUAUCGCCAAGAUCUACGACAGUCCAUGCUUGCCCGAGAGCGACUGUCUGUUUGCGAUCAACGAAGACGGCAUUGGCGACCCUAGUCCCAAAGACCUGGAGAAGGAUUAG